AUGGUGACUGCCGUCACGCCAGCCAGUGCGCAUCCGUCAUCGGACUCUGGUAUCGAGAUCUCGAGCGAUACAUCCAAAGUCGCUUGGUCGCCAGCCGCGGCAGACACCGAGAAAGAAGUCGUCAUCGAGCAAACACCACCACCAAAGCCGCCUCGACCUUCAGAACCAAAAAAUGUCUAUCCCGAAAGCCCAGAAGCAUACAACCACAUACCGAACUCCAACGAUAUCUUUACACCCCACCGGCAGGGCUCCUGGAAUACACAUAAGAUCUUCGUCCCAAAGCUCCCUCCCGUCAGCCUUCAAAAGGAAGUUGCAAUACCCUCCGACGACACAGACAAGCAGCUGGUACUCGCCAACAGCACCAGCUCUCGAUCCACCUCUGCCCCAUCGGCUUUCGUGCCCUCAGCUGCAUCGACUCAAACCAGCGCCUUCCGAGUUGAAAAGAGUAACGCCUUCGGCAUGAUUCUCCCAAAGGACCAGAAACUACUAGUGCGGGUUCUCGACCCGGAGACCAAAAUGGACGGCGGACCGGCACUUAUAACGAAUGAGAUGAGUUGGACGGACGUGUGGAGCGCCAACCCACCACCCUUCGAGCUAUACACAGCGCAUGACUUCUCAAACACGGCACUCGUCGCCCGCUGGAGCCCGCGUGGCUGGCAGGGUUUCACGGGCGUGUGGUGCGAGUUCGAAGUCUCGGCCCAAGGCGAGCGGCAGAAAUGGGAGGUCGUCAGAAAGGGUUUGAACCGCACAUAUCAGCUGAAUGGUCUGUUGAGCAUGUAUGGUAGGCACUUCGUGUGGAAGGGCAGUACCAAGACGAUCCGGUCCAUGGUCGGCGAGGGCCAGAAGAAUAAAGGCAAUUUGAAACUCACGACCCUGGAUGGGAAGGAGGUUCUUGCUGUUUGGCAGCAGUGGAGGGACAGUCACGUUCUCGGGGACAUAAUUAUAUUUGAGACGGCGAAGGAUAAGCUCGCCGUUGAGACGAUUCUGGCCAGCUGUAUUGGUGUGGUAUCGACGGAGCGCGCCAAUGGUUUGAAUUGGUUUGGUGGCCUGGGGAAGUGA